AUGACCCAAGUCAAUAACCUCAAAAACAGCUCUGAAGGAGACCGAGCCGCAGCUCUGGUAGCGGAACUCGGCCAGAUCACUUCAGAUUCGAUCAACAACGAUGAAGAGGCGCGGCACACAGCGCUCGAAUUGAGCAAGAAGCUCACCGCUACGCUUGAAGGUCCUGUCAAUCGAGCUACUGAGCUUGUCUUCAAACCAUUUGUAUCCAUAGCGGCCCGUAUAGCUGUGGGAAUGGAUCUUUUCAAGCCCAUUGUAGAACGCCACGGAUCCAUAUCCUCAAAAGAGCUGGCCAAGAUCACGGGUGGCCAGGAAGGAUUGAUCUCGCGCAUCCUGCGUGUCCUAGCAUCCGUAUGUUUUCUCGAACAGACAGGCCCGUACGAAUGGCGCGCCAACGAGACAACGAAAGCAAUGGCAACGCCGCAAGUCGCUGCGGGCCAUGUAUUCGUUUACGACGCGCUCGUCUCCGCAGCAAUCAAAGCCCCAAAGUACCUUUCAGAAACGGGUUACACGGUUCCCACAGAGCCUAAUGACGGCUUCAUCCAAUACGCGAACCAGACCAAACUUCACAUAUUCGACUGGCUUGCUUCGCAGACUUCGAUUUUCCAGGCCUUCAACGUGUUCAUGGGGAAUACGCUGGGUGACCACGAUUACUGGUACGAUUGGUACGACGUCAAGGGUCGGUUACUUGAUGGCUUCGACAAAGAGAAGAGCGAGACGUUGCUAGUGGAUGUCGCGGGCGGGAAGGGGCACGAUAUCCAAGCCUUCUAUGAGAGAUUCGGGAAGAAAGGAGAGCUAGUGCUGCAGGAGACUCCUGCUGUUCUAGCGGGGAUCAAAGAAGAGGACUUGACUCCAGAAGUCAAGAGGAUGGAGUACGAUUUCUUCACUCCAAAUCCUAUCAAAGGCGCAAGAGUCUAUUUCCUCCACCACAUCUUCCACGACUGGUCUGACAAAUACUCGCACCUCAUCCUCAAGCAAAUCUACGAAGCCAUGACGCCCAACUACUCCAAGCUCCUCAUUCAUGAGCUUGUUCUCCCAGAUAUGGGUGCAACAGAAAUCCAAGCCCGCUUUGAUAUGGCGCUGAUGACGUUCAACGCCGGGAUAGAGAGGAGUAGGACCGAGUGGACGACGUUGCUUGAGGAUGCGGGGUUCGUAAUCACCGGCAUGUGGGGUUUCCCCGACAAGGACGGGAUCGUAGAGGCAGAGGUUGCGGUGCCGGCGCAUGCGUAGGAGUAUCGGGGCUGAGCGUGUCUAGCUAGAUGGUCAGGAUAUAGUGUAGGUAUUCCAACGUACCUUUCCGGGAGCUAGCCUUGCUUCUCUCCAUCGAACAUCAUGAUGAUGGCGGGCG